CGAGGAUCGACGACUCAGGGAUGUGAACUCUUUUCAAGAACUUACGAUUGGAUACACACGGAUGAUAUUCAAAGUUGUUGUACUAGCUUGUUUGUACAAGUUCACGCUCAAACUUUUUUCAUCUUAAGUAACAAGUACUAGAAGUUCUUCAAUCUUCACACUCUUGAAGUUGAAACAAAGUUAGAUGACCUUUACUUACAAGUAAUAAGUCUACGGUUUUGAUGAGUCAACGACUACAACUCCUACCUCGACGUCUAUCACUGAUACAAAUCUCAUCAUCUGCAACUUCAUCAUCAUCUGCACCAAAAAUGGUCAUUCCAGAUGAAGCAACGGCAGCUUCAGUGAGCCGUAAAAGGCCUUCUGUCUGCCAUGAAGAGGCGUCCUCUGCGAACGGCAAGGCGACAUCCUCAACUUCGCAUGAUUAUGUGGGCAAAGGCUUGAACCGUGGAAAUCCACUUUGGAUCGGCGACGAUUGGAGUUUCAGCAAGGAACACAUACUUAUGACUGCUGCACUAGUAGUAGUACUUACUAGUUGUAAUUGCAACUAGUAAUUGCACUAAGCUUAACACAUACUUAUCAUGACCUACUGCUGCACUAGUAGUAGUAGUAGUAAUUGCACAGUUCGUUGAACAGUUUACUAGCUAGAGGUUACUAUUAGUAACUAUCUACUACUCUCUUAAGGCUCGAUUACUAGUAGUAAGAGUACAAGUUGAACAAGCUGGAGGCCUACUGCUGUUGAGUAAGAGUACAGGUAGAACCAACUUCUUGAAGAACUAGUACAUCUAGUCUAAGGACUAAUCACACAUCUCAUCUUUUUUCUUAUCUUUUUGGACUAUCUUUUUCUUUAUCCUUUUCAAUUUCUAGUUGGUGGAGCGAUGCGUCUGUCGUAAAACGAUAGCUCGGUGUCGGUUUUGAAAAAGAUUAUAGGGAAUGCGUUUCACCCUUUGAUCUUUGUUUCUUUUUCCUAUUCAAAAGCAAGAAGGUCAGGAGGUAUCAGAGUCAGCAUCUGGCUCGGUGGAACCAACUUCUUGAAGAACUAGUACAUGUAGUUGUGCCAGGUCUCGUCCCGCCCAUUCCCCUUUCAUGCUCCUGAUACCCAACCACUAUCACGAUUCCCUGGACUACGUGCUGCUGCCGAAGGGGCUUUUAAACGACAGGAUCGAAAAAUUGGCAAUAGACAUGAGGAAAGCGUAUUCGAUAUUAUACCAGAGGACCAUUUCUACUAAUUCAAUACAAUAACUUAUGGCAGCCUUAACGCGUUAUUUUAGCAACACCACGCUACAAAACAGAACUUCAAUAGAGCAGUAGUACUAGAAUAAUCCAACCAGCAUGCAUCUAUAGCGCGUUGUCGUUGUGAAAGUAACGCGUAGUUAAGCCUGUCAUAUAACUGGUGAUAGAUAUAAUUAUGAGUAAAGUAAGUAUCAUGGUAAAUGUUAUGCGUAAUCAAAUAGAUUAUAUGACUCCUUCUAAUAUUUUUAUGUGAUACAUAGAUUAUCAUUAUUCUUUCUACAGCUACGGCGACGAAGAGCUGCAUAUUCUCUGCGUGCUGAAGGGUUCAAGAGGAUUUUUUUCCAAAUUGCUGGAAAUAUUUGACAGGAUCCACAAGUAUUCCCAGGCUGCACACUGCGAGAGCUCGCAGUAUCAUAGUUAUGAAAAAGAAGAACUGGAGAAAAAUGCAACAGUUCAGAACUCCUGUAGUUGCGAGGAUACGACUCAAAGAAAGUAUCCUCCUUCAUAUAUAAUUAGCAUAAGGCUUAUUCGUCAAGAUAAGAACAAGAUCAAAAUUUUUCUUAUACAGAGAGAGAGAGAGUUACUACAGCUCGAUGAAGUUGACUGUGCACGACUGUCCUGAAAUAGAAGAAUGAUCCACGACACUCACCUGCUGCUAACACCAAAACCUAGAAGUGUUCAUGUUUUUCAAAUGAGUACACGACUUAUUCAUCUUAUUAUCUCCCCUCCCGCCUACUUUUUAUGAUUGAUUGAUGAUCCAAUGACUGACAGUACGCUGAUUAUCUGCGACAGGUAUUCUACGUCUAGAAUGUAGCAUUUCUUCAUUUCGUUCGAGCACUGUCCUCUCAUCCGCUUCAACGCUUAUCAGCUCAAGGGAACUCUAAUCCAAAGCUCUUAUUCUCUGAAACUCUAAUCCAGAGCUCUUAUUCUCUAAAACUCUAAUCCAAAGCUCUUAUUCUCUGAAACUCUAAUCCAUAGCUCUUAUUCUCUAAAACUCUAAUCCAAAGCUCUUAUUCUCUGAAACUCUAAUCCAGAGCUCUUAUUCUCUAAAACUCUAUCCAAAGCUCUUAUUCUCUGAAACUCUAAUCCAAAGCUCUUAUUCUCUGAAACUCUAAUCCAGAGCUCUUAUUCUCUAAAACUCUAUCCAAAGCUCUUAUUCUCUGAAACUCUAAUCCAAAGCUCUUAUUCUCUGAAACUCUAAUCCAGAGCUCUUAUUCUCUAAAACUCUAUCCAAAGCUCUUAUUCUCUGAAACUCUAAUCCAAAGCUCUUAUUCUCUGAAACUCUAAUCCAGAGCUCUUAUUCUCUAAAACUCUAUCCAAAGCUCUUAUUCUCUGAAACUCUAAUCCAAAGCUCUUAUUCUCUGAAACUCUAAUCCAGAGCUCUUAUUCUCUAAAACUCUAUCCAAAGCUCUUAUUCUCUGAAACUCUAAUCCAAAGCUCUUAUUCUCUGAAACUCUAAUCCAGAGCUCUUAUUCUCUAAAACUCUAUCCAAAGCUCUUAUUCUCUGAAACUCUAAUCCAAAGCUCUUAUUCUCUGAAACUCUAAUCCAGAGCUCUUAUUCUCUAAAACUCUAUCCAAAGCUCUUAUUCUCUGAAACUCUAAUCCAAAGCUCUUAUUCUCUGAAACUCUAAUCCAGAGCUCUUAUUCUCUAAAACUCUAUCCAAAGCUCUUAUUCUCUGAAACUCUAAUCCAAAGCUCUUAUUCUCUGAAACUCUAAUCCAGAGCUCUUAUUCUCUAAAACUCUAUCCAAAGCUCUUAUUCUCUGAAACUCUAAUCCAAAGCUCUUAUUCUCUGAAACUCUAAUCCAGAGCUCGUCUUAUUCUCUAAAACUCUAUCCAAAACUUCUACCCUUAAUUCUUCUAAUCCAAAGCUCCCUAUAUGGAGCAUUACGUGCGGCUUAAGAGCUACCACAAUACGGAAUCGACGGGAAAAUUGCACGUACAGAGUGACGAUUUGACGACUCUCUCUUUAAGGCUCAAAAGAAUCCAUUUCAUCUACAGGUCAUUUGUUUUCAUUCUUUAAGUGGAUGUGGAACGAAACACCAAUGUUUGAGACACCGAAGCCAAUGACUAUUUCUGCGCUGUUUUGGAUAUUAGUGAUCCCUAUUUCGUCACUUAGUGAGUAGUUUGGGAGUCUCCGGCAGUCCUCCUUCUUGGGAUUCUGAAGAAAUCGUGUAUGCCAUCUAUGACGCCCUUGAGGCAGUCUGCACUGAACUUUUUUAGCGUAGUUGUUAAGGAGAUUAAGAACUCCCCCCUACGCCGGUACUAGCUACGCGGAAAAUAUGUACGCAGGUUCUUCACGGAACUCGCUCGCGAUACAAAAAAAAAAGUGCGAGAUUAGUUGCGUUGUAUUGUAAUGAACAAAUGCGUUGAGCUCUAAUAACUGGAAAGCAUGUGCUCAUAGUGGAAGACAUCAUCGAUACGGGAAAUACACUGACGAAAUUCUGUACUAACGUAAUUUGCUUAGUACACAGGUGGGGAAAAAGUGUAUCAUACAUUUUUGGCUUCUUUGCUGUUUUUAGGAGGAAGAUAAUUGUUGAUCUAUGCUUUUGCUGUCGUGAUCCCUCCCAAACUCAACAGGUGAUCACCUACAGGACUUUUCUUCUCAAACUCUUUAGGUGACCACCUAAAGGACUUCGCUCCCAAGUCGAUUAAGAUUGCUUCCUUGCUGGAAAAGAGGACACCGAAGAGCUGUGGAUUCCUAGGAGACUGGGUAGGCUUUUCUGUCCCAGACGUCUUUAUUGUGGGGUAUUGUUAAGGCGAGUCUCCUGUUGAGUCUUCAUACUAACAUGGUAGAUGUAGAAAAGUUCUUGAAGUGAGAGCACUUGAACAAAAUGAUUCAUUCAUUUUCUUUGUCUUUAUCAAGUACUUUGGUUUUUUCUCUUUCUAGGGAGCGAGGUCUAGACGUGGUCUCCAUAGAAUUGGGAUAUUGGACUUCAUUCUCCCUCUAAACCGGUCAACAUUUUUUCUCUCCACUGUCCCUCUAACUUUGUCUCGACUACAACGAGCACUUCCGGGACCUGGACCACGUUUGCGUGAUGAACAAGAAAGGCAUUGAGAAGUACAAGAUAUAAUACCGUUAUAUUAGGAGUAGAUUAUGCGGUAGUUCCUAGAUCUAAGGCAUUGAGAAAAUGUAAGGCGUCUUAGUCAGGAGCAGCAGUGAGGAGAUAUAUGAUUUAGUCAGCACUCUGACUUAGAUCUAGUCGGGAAACAACAUCUUCAGCACCUAAAAACUUCAGCCCUAGGACUUAGAUCUAGAGUGCUUGGGGAACAUCUUCGGCUAGAGCUUCUGCUUCAAGACUUGUGGUCAUUGGCAUACGGUCUUACGCUUCCCUGUAGUAUGUAUAUAGUAUUUGGGGUGGAAGCAUGUACAUGUAGGGACACUACAUAACUUAACUUUUCACCACACAUGCAGGGACAUCACAUAACUUUUGACCACACCUCCAACAAUCUUCCACAAUCUACAUAAGAGGUCGUGACCCCAUCUUCUGCGCUUCUUCUGGUUGAAGGUGAACAUCUGAGCAUCUGCUACAAGAAGAUGUUGCUGAACUACGAGUAUUAAGUACUUGUAUUCAUUGCUAUCUUCCUCUUAGUUUUAGCAGAUAUGAGGAUAAUAACCUGAUCAUAAUUGCCCUCUUCUCUUUUCUAUCUUCCUCUGGUCUUUACUUUUUUUUUCUAGUUAGGUGGGCUCUGCCACAAUUUAUUGCUAUCUUCCCCUUGUACUCGUACUCGUUUAGGUUAUCUAUGUUCUAGUGCAGGGCUAGCUCUCAAUCGCUGUGCUGGUUGUACUAGAAGACCUGCAGAAAGACCGAGGAGAAGGAAAAUCCCCUAUGUAUUGAUGAUAUUCUCAUCGAGAAGCUGAAUUUAGCAACAGGGGCGAGCAUUUUUGCGUCGUGCAACAAGAAUUUAUUACACAAGAGUAACUGAAGAUGAAGAAGAAGUAGAGGUAGGGGAGGUCGCGAAGUUCAUUAUAUCUUUGUUCCUCUAGGCAACAAUGUUGAACAUAGAAGACAUUAUAUUAACUACAUUCAGGUUCGUCGUGUGAUUUUCGUUCGUUUUCACAUUCACGUUUGCUCGAUUGUCGGUUGACACAACGAUCCCCUUGCUUGUAGGAACAAGA